AUGGAUAUUGCCGUUUAUUUCACGUCCGAUCUCACGUCGUCAGAGAGACGUAUCUCGCCCCAAUGGACGGUCAGCUACUUAAAACAGCGUCUUGAACAAAUUACUGGAAUAUCGCCAGAAUACCAGCAGCUUCAAUAUUUCCCCAUUCGAACGAGUAACGAGAAUAGACCUAUUGGUGGCACCACCGCUGAAGAUGAGAAAACUAUUAAUGACUACGGCAUUGUAGCAUACAGCAGGAUUCAUGUUGUGGAUACCGACCCUGAGUCCAAAUUGAAGGGAUUGGCCAACGAAGCCGAUGCAGAAAAUGCCACAUUCAAGCUCUCUGAGGAGGAAUAUGCAAACAGGGCAGACAGUGUGUUGAACUGGAAAAAGCAGCAGCAGUUGGGAAGGUUUGACCCCCAAUUCAAUCAGCACAAAGAUUACAUCCAGAAACAGAACGAGGAACUUGCGAAGAGUAUCGAGGUAGGAAGCCGAUGCCGAGUGAUUAAUAUUGAAGGCGAAAGACGUGGCCAGGUAAAGUAUGUGGGACGCAUUGAUCAAUUGGACAAGGGCGAGAAUGUAUGGGUUGGAGUUGAGUUUGAUGAGCCUGUGGGCAAGAAUGACGGACUGAUAGGAACUUUGAGGGUUUUUGAGAGUCGUCCCAAGCAUGGAUCGUUUGUGAAGCCCAAGCAGGUAGAGGUGGGCGACUUCCCGGAACUUGAUCCCUUCGCCAGUGAUGAGGAGGAAUUGUAG